CUGAUAGCGGGCGAACGGUUCGAGGAGGCGGCCGAGGUCGGCCGGCGGCAGGUCCGCAACGGGGCGCACAUUCUGGACGUGUGCCUGCAGGACCCGGACCGGGACGAAACGUCGGACGUGAUCAAGUUCCUGGACCAGCUCAAUCGCCGGGUCAAGGCGCCCAUCAUGAUCGACUCCACGGAUGCGUCGGUUAUCGAAGAGUCGCUGAAACGCCUGCAGGGUAAAUCGAUCAUCAACUCGAUCAACCUCGAGGAUGGCGAGGAGCGCUUUCAGCGGGUGGUGCCGUUGGCGCGACGAUACGGCGCGGCGUUGGUGGUGGGCUGCAUUGACGACGACCCCAACCAGGCACAGGCGAUCACGCGUGAGCGGAAGCUGGAGAUUGCCCAGCGGUCUCACCGGCUGUUGACCGAGAAUUACGGAGUGGCGGAAGAAGACAUCAUCUUUGAUCCGCUGACCAAGACGGUGCUUGGCGUCUCCAACGUUUCUUUCGGGCUGCCGGCGGCGGGUCGCGAGGUUUUCAACUCCGUGUUCCUGUACCACUGCACGCAGGCCGGCCUCGAUAUGGCCAUCGUCAAUUCCGAAAUGAUGCGCGGUACGCCCAGUAUUCCCGAGGAGACGCACACUGUCUGA